AAUGUCAGCUUCUCCGUUGAUUAAAGUGGCUAGUUCAGCCUUUACAAACGGAUCAGCAUUGACAUUUAAAAAAAAGAAGUCAUCUAAUUCUUAAACACAAAACUUUAUUGUUGCAAGCUCUCCACUCAAAUCUACAGAUGAGAAUGAGCAAUCACCUUCAAAAAUUAUUAACAUAUAUUCAGAUAGUGGAUUAUUUAAUGUUGGAAAUUCUUACUCAACUGUUAAAAAUGCUCCUAUUAUCGAAGAAGAGAAAACACAUAAAACUUAUACAUAUAGUUAAAUGCCUCCUGAAGAAGCAGAGAAAGCUUAUUGCGAAAGAUAAAAAGUUAUUAAAGAAUAAAUUAAGAGGACAAAAAAUAGUGGGAAAUUUAAACCAAAAAAGAGAAUAGAUUCAAGCAAGCCUACUUUGAAAAGUGCAUUAAAGAAAUAACAAUUAGAUUAUUCAACUGCUUAAUCUUAAUAAAUAGAUAUAUCUAGAACAUCUUAGACUUUUAGAAGAAAAUCAAUAGAUUAACCAAUUCAAACUGUUCCUAAGCCUCAUCCUAAAGUAAGCAAAAUAAUUGAAAAUAAUAAUACAAAUAAAUAAUCUUAAGUAAAUCCUACAAAUUCAAAUAUCUUAUAGCAAUCUUUCCAUUAAUAAUUAUAAAGUAAAAAGUAAUAAUUAUUGAAUGAGAUUGCUUAAUUAGAUAAGGAAAUUGUAAAAGAAAAAGAGAAAAAAAAAUAAUCUCUUGUACAAUCAAUUAAUAUUUCCCCAAGAGUUUAGUAAAUAAAAUAAAGUAAUUGUUUAAAAGAUGAUCUGAAAUCAACAUAUGAAAAGAGAUAAUAAAUGAAAAAAGUUGCAGAUAAAGAGAAGUAACGUAAAGAGAUGGAAUAAUGCACAUUCAAACCAUAAAUUAGUAGUAAUACAAGUAGAAAAUUGAAUACUUCUUAAAGUUCAAAGUUUACUCCAUUAACUUCACCAAAAUAAGCUUCUGCUACUCGUCCUGUUAAAAUACCUACUAGAUCUUAAUCUUAAGAAGAAAAGAAUGUCAAGAAGGAUGGAUUGCAAAAUUCAAAGGAGGAUUUAAAUUGUAAGAAAUUGUAUUAAAAUUAGAGCGACUACAAAGAAUGAAUGAGAAAUAUAAUAUGAUAUUAGAACAAUCAAACAAAAUCAAAAACCAAUUAAAACAAAUCUGA